AUGGCAUCUGAGGCCAGGGCCAGGGCAAACGUGCCCCGUCGAGUGGUGAAGCAGACCACGGAUGGUAUGGACUCCUACCAUCGAUACGUUGCCGAAUCGACCACGCCGUCGCCGUCACCGCCGACAUCACAAAGCGACCUAAGUGCGAGGCCCUACGCCGGCCACUCCCGAUCCUUUAGCACACCCCGCCCUUCGAUAUUAGACCAGUCUUCUUCGGCGAGUAACAGCGAUGCCGGAUCGCCAGGGCAGACAAAGGUGCCCGAGAUCACGGUGACGAGUCCCGGGAAGCCGUAUACGGCCGCUCCGCGCUAUUCUUUAACACCCCGGCAAGCAACAUUUCCUCCGCUAGUGGCACAGAGGUUGGCCGUUCCGGCGGUGAGGCCCCCUCCGCCGGUGCAGCAGUUACUAUCCGCACAGAGGAUCCAACGGAUUAAGCCACCGCUGGCGCCAAUACCACCGACCACGGCCUCCUCCUCCGACUCUCGAAAACGCGAUGGACUGGUUGACGUUGCACUGCCAUAUCGGCCGUUCUACCUGCAAAGAAGGGUUCUCAGUUCGUUUGCGGUCCUCUUUGCCGGACUUUUGGUCGCAGUGGAGGCGGUGUUGGACUUGUCGAAUAAAAGAGGUGGGCUCGGUUCGCCCGAUCACGGGUUCAGAUACUUGUGGCAGUACGGCUCGGCCUUUAUCUUCACCUGCAUCGCCGCCCUCUGGGCGAGACCUGAACACCAAGCCAGGGCAAGCGCACCGUGGCUGCGGAUGGCCAAGGGGCCUGCGAGCGUGGAUCGGACUCUGAUGCUCGACUACGUCUUCAUGUUCGAGCCCGGAACGAUCAUGGUGGCGGCGAGGAACCGGGACUGGCUUGUUGCGGCGACAGCCACCGUUGGCUUGACGCUGAAGCUCAUUGUCGUCAUUGCCGUGGCCCUCGUCAGCCCGACCUUCCAGAUUGUAACGGCUCGAGGGGCGGGGCUGAGCCUGCACAACAAGUUUGUGAACGAUCCUACCGGUCUGCAGAACGCCGGGGCGCUGCCCUUCUUCACCAUGCUUGGGUUGCAAACGAAGGGCCUGAACUUUCCGGACGGCACCUCGAAGCAGUUCGCCUUCCAGUCCUUCUCGGCGGAUUUGCCUGCCACUGCCGAGCUGCAGACCAACGUCGACGGCUUCGAAUCCGACAUUGAAUGCGAGCCUGCCCAGUUCAACAUGACCGGGCUCCAGUUCAUCCAGGUGUCAGACGUUCAGAUCAAUGCUACCGUGUCGACCCCGACCUGCUCCAUGACCCAGACGAUACCAAACUUGGCACUCUUGAACGCCACCCUGCCCACCUUUUUCAUGGCCUUUCAAGCCGGCACUUGCGGGAAUUCGUCCUCCCCUGACGACGGACGGGUUGUUGUCAUGACCGGGGCCAUCGCCAUCAACCAGGCCUCCGUUCCCACCCGGAGCGGCAUCCUCAACGUGCCCAUUGCCGGUGUCGUCCCGCAGUCUGCGGCUCUCAUCUGCCGCCCGUCGUACUUUCUGACCAGGGUUCACGUCACCAAGAACAACACCCAACUUAUCAGCAUCGAACGGAACCGCUCGGCCAGUAACAAGACGCUCGACAAGGUCCACCCGUGGGACAUUGUGCAGGGGCACUUCAACUCGUACCCGACCGAUUCGCAGAUCCUAGGCGCGAUGCCCAGUGUCAACAGCCGGUUCCCCGGUAUCGCGGUUGUCGCGUCCGACCACGUCAUGGACUCGGCCGUCGCGAUGGAGGUCAAGGACCACGGCGUGCCUCCGAUCGAAACCUUCUUGAACACGGACAACCUGACGCAGAUAUCGACGGCGUACUGGCGACAGUACACGGCGCUCGUCGGGCGCAACUCGUUGAUGGGGGAGACGCAGGAGAAGUCUACCGGCACGGCCGUCAUCAUCGGCGAACGCCUCAACGUCCGCCCGAUUCCUGCUCACCUCUUGUCUGGGCUUCUCGGUCUCGUUCUCGUUCUUGUGCUGGCCGCGGUUGCCGUUGCGCCGGCAAAGGGCUUCCUCCCCCGCGACCCGAACACCAUCAUCAACAUGGCCACUCUCCUUGCCCACAGCCGCCAGCUUCUUCAGUGCCUGCGCGGCACGGGUGCCGCCGACCUGUCGACUAUCCGAGAGAAGCUUCUGGGGACGAGUUACUACACCGGAGUAGAGCCAUACGAGAAGGCGGAAAAGGCGGCGCAGGGGUACUUCAAGAUCUUUGGUGGAGCGCCUCCGCCGCAGAACACGCCGCCCGAGUUUGUGGAGAACGCCGCCUGGAGGCAUCCGCUGCCGCUGCACCCAUGGGCACGGCUGGCUGCGGUGGUCACCAUGUUCAGCAUGAUCAUCUCUCUCGAGGUGGUUCUCCGCGUAUCCAAAGCCAACGGCGGCAUCGCGACCGUCAAGGCCAACACCGACAGACACUUCCUGUGGACCACUGGAACCGGGGUCAUCUUUGGACUUGUGGUGUUAUACCUCGCUGCAGCAGACUGCGCGACCCGCUGCCUCGCCCCCUACGCCAAGCUGAAAGAGGGCGGUUCCUUUGAGACGACGGUCGGCCUCGACUUCAUGGACAAGUCCAAGCACAGGAUUCUCUACGACGCCGUCAAGACACAAAACAUUGCCGUCGUCUUUACCACGACGGCUCUACUUGUAGCAUCACUUCUCGCGACCUUUUCAGGCGCGUUGUACAGUACAACACCGAUACCCUCCACGCGCCCAGUCACCCUCCGGGCCCUUGAUAGUUUCACCAACGCCUCGACGCCGUGUCCGACGUGCACCACCGACACGCUCUUGGCGUCCCUGAUCCUGGACGCGAACUUGACGUUCCCGUCCUUCACGUUCGAGGACCUGAACUUCAACACCCUGCAGCUCACGGAGCAACUCGACAUGCAGGACGGCGCAGGGAUGAUUCUCGUCACGCUGCCCGCUGUCCGCUCGCGGCUUGACUGCCGACUCUACCCGCAGUCGGAGAUCAACACCAACUUCACUCUCCCGGAAUUGCCGAACCAGUUCUCAGCUGAGAUGACGGUCAGGAUCACCGGCGAGCCGUGCUUGGAUCCCUCAAUCAGAUCCAACGCGGUCUUGCCGAUGGGCGAGUCGUUUUCCUCCUCCGUUUUUGGUAUCGCAACCCCGCGGUCCGCGGCAUCAUCCCAGUGUUCCGACUUCACCUACGUCUGGGGCCAACUCUCCGAUAACACACCGUCGCAGGUCGGCUACAUCUCGGCCAUGGGCUGCAACGAGACGCUCGAGACCGUCAUGGCCGAGGUCCGUCUCACGGGCGCAUCGUUGCACGUCGACCCGACAUAUCCGCCAGUGGUGCGAGGCAACACCGCUAGCCGGGUGACUCUGACCCUCUUGCCACUGCAGUACGGCCUGCUCGCCAACCUCACCACAGGCAACCAGCUCGACCCGUUCUUCAGCUCCCUUGUCACGUCCCGCUUCGCAGUCCCCGCAGGCAACCUGGGCGACCCGGGCCUCGGCAAGAGCGGCCUCGUGGCCGACGCCAUUGUCCGGCAGCACGGCAUCCUCCGCGCGCAGAAUCUCAACGUCAACUCCCGCCGUCGCAUCCCGGACAUCACCGCGCAGGACACCAUCCCCGCCAUGCUCAAGUCCACGUCCGUUACCUCUCUGCGGAGACUCGUGCAGGACAACGCCUCGACGCGCAUCAUCCAGUCCGUGCUGGCGCUGCUCAUGGCGCUGACGCUGGUGGCCUGGCUCCUCACGCCCGGCACCGACACGAUCCUGCCGCGGAACCCGUGCAGCAUCGCCUCCGUGGCGGCGCUGCUCGUCGACGGUAACGUCUUUGGGUUCCUCGGGCGCGGCGCCGAGUGGCAGGCGACGGAGGAGAUGAAGCGGAGCUUCCUCGACGGGAGCCACUCCAUGGGGUUCAAAGUUGGGUACGAGCGGGUGCGGAAGCGCAGGGGCGUCGAGGACCUGAACGGGGUCAAAGGCGACGGGCACAUGGCGUACGGGAUCAAUGUCAAGCGCGGCGGCGGCUGGGGCGGCGGCGAGGAUGUCGGCCUCGGUAUCUUGGCGCGGGUGAAUCGGGCGCAUCGUGGGUUUGUCAGGGGAUGGGGCAAGAUGUGA